GCAUCAGAGCCGAAUAUUUUAGUAUGGCUUUUAUGCAGCACGUGUAAAGGGUUGCAUGGCAGAGUAGGGCUGUUUUAAGUCUGAAGCCCACAUUUUCACACAUUCCCUUCUGAAAUGCAUGAAAGGAAGCUAGAAUAUCUGCAAACGCUGCACAGAUGCUGCAUCUCAGCCAGAUGUCUCAUACAUCUGCUUCAUUGAAGCAAUAUGGGAGAGAAAGGAAUGAGAGGAGAGGAGGAUUUCAAUGGAGAAUGUAGAAGAUAUUAGGCUGUACGGCUAGUAUUGUUCAAACCCAGUCAUAAUUCCAUCCUCCAAAAGAUCUAAUAAAGCAAAUCCACUUUUUUAAGGUUAAAGCAGCUAUGGAGAUUAUUACACCGGAAGUCACCAUGUCUCCUCUCUUUUACGGAAGUGGGCGUGAAUAACAGCCACAUCCAGCAGCAUCACAUCAUCGCAGUAUACGUCUGUAAUUAAUCACUGCAACCUAUUUAUUUCGGAUUUAAAUACAUGCAGAUCAGCUUUUUUCCAUCUUUAUCUCAGCGAGAUACAACUGUUGGGAAAUAUGAGCCAAACGUCAGAGCCUUCAGCUGAUGUUGCUGUGACUGAAGCUCCAGUUUCUCAGUCUGAAACCAAGCAAUCACCAGCAGGGAAGAAACAAAACAAAAAGAAAGCUGAAGAAGUGGUGGAGGAAGAAGAAGAGGAGUAUGUUGUGGAGAAGGUUCUGGAUCGGCGUGUGGUGAAGGGAAAAGUGGAGUAUCUCCUCAAGUGGAAAGGCUUUUCUGACGAGGACAACACAUGGGAACCAGAGGAAAACCUAGACUGUCCUGACCUCAUAGCAGAAUUCCUCCAGUCACAGAAAACGGCUGAAUCUGGAGGCAAGAGGCGGGCAGAGUCAGACGGAGAUGGAAAGGAGACUAAAAAGCGCAAGGAUGAGCCUGAGAAACUCAGAGGUUUUGCACGUGGUUUGGAUCCUGAGAGGAUUAUUGGUGCUACAGACUCAAGUGGAGAACUCAUGUUCCUCAUGAAAUGGAAAAACUCUGAUGAAGCAGAUUUAGUACCAGCCAAGGAGGCGAAUGUUAAGUGUCCACAAGUGGUCAUCUCCUUUUACGAGGAACGCCUCACCUGGCAUUCAUACCCCACUGAAGAGGAAGAGAAGAAGGAUGACAAAAACUAGACAAAAAAAAAAAAACAAGAUGUAAGGGACAGUCAAUAUCAGUCGUGGCCAUUGAUAUGCUUGUUUUGUUCUCCUUUUUUUUUUUUUUUUUAAGAUGGUAAAGGAAAGUUGUCAAACAAAAUUUGUAAAAAAUUGCAAAAGUAUAAACUGUAAUCUGCAUAGGUUUCAGCGUAUUUUAGGUUGGGCACCGUUUCCAUAGAUAAAGCAAAUAAAACACUGCUGUCUCAGUGUGCUUGACAGGUGACUUUGCACAUUUAAUGUACUUUCCAUGCUUUCUAUUGUCAUAUUGUCAUCUAUUUAUCAUAGAUGUGUAGAUUCCAGUGUUCAGUCUAUCAUACUGGGGCGGUUUCAUUUAAUGCUGUAGCGGUCUCACAAAACGUCUUGAUGUAUUCCACAAAUCUUCAUUUUAUGUAUAUAUAACUAAUGUUAAAAUAUGACUGCCUUAACAGAUUAUUAAGAAAAAGAUUUUUUUAUACAUCUGUCAAUGCAGGUGGUCAUUGAACCUAUGACUGUCUCUAGGCCCAUGAUAAAAGAGGUGUAAGAUAUAGGCCUUAUUUGACGUUUGGAACUGGCUUUGAUACGAUUGGUUUUAUAAAGACAUGCCAGCAGCUGUUAAUCUUCAGUGUUUGUUUGCCCGUGAUGUGUCUGGUCUCACCAUAGGUGCUAUUUGUGAGUCAGCCCCAUUGGAUAUUAACAGUCUUUCUUGACAUUUGUGUUUGUAAAUAUGUUUGUCAUUUCCCAGCACAUCAGUAUCACUGUGUACAGUCAGUUGACGUUUGGUUUUUACUUUGAUAUUCUUGUAUUAUUACUGUCACACAACAAAGUAGAAGAACUGUAACAUUUGUUCUCCGGUAGACAUUUCAAGUACUUUAUGUUCUAAGCUUUAACGAUUGUAUGCUAGUUUUGUUUAACCAUGUUAUUAUUGCAUAUUAUCAGAGCAUUUGCCAAUGAAAUACCAUUUUCAAAAAUAAAAACCUUUGUUGUA